AUGUUGCCUGGUCUUGACCCGGCGGCAGCUACUUCACACGACGCUACAGACUCAACGUCCACUAUCGACGUAUCCGACCAUCAGCAAACGGGUUUGACACGAGAAUGGCGAUCCUGUGGACUGACUGCGUUAGCCGUUGCGUUUAUUGACGCGGAGGCUCUCUGGUUCGCGCCUCACAUCGUGUCGAGCUCGUAUGCAUCCCAUAGCCUACUACUCUCCGCCACGUCCGCUAUCGCAGGCGUAGUACUCGCGUCAGGGCUUCUCCUGUACCAUACCCGAAGAGAACUUGGAUAUAAGGUCGCUGCGCUCAAUGAUCAGACGAACAUGAACACCUCCUCACAGGCCCUACUCCUCAAUCUACCGUCGUACCUCACUCUCGUCUCGCUCGUUGGGCUGGCCUCGGCUGUGGCGAUCACGGCUUGGUUCGCGGCACCGAGAGUGUUCUUUGGCGUCUCGGCCGUUACAUUGGGAUUGGCGGGAGUUCGAUAUAUCGUUGGAAUUGGGACUGCGGUGGCAAGAUUGGCUCAUGAUCUGCGUGCGCGGAGUCGUGCUAUGCUCUGUAUGGACUCGGCUGUGCUCCUGGGGUGA